UGACGUAAGGGAGCACUGCGAAAAGGCGAAGUAUUCGCAAUUUCGUGAAUUAACUCCAUUACCUAUAAUUAACAGCUGUAUAACCAAUAAAGUUGGUUGACAGAAUCUCAACAAAAUCGUUACACAAUGGCAGCAACCUCACAUUGCGGCGCAUUCUAUGAAACUGAAGUUGUUUAGUCACGGGGCGCGUGGGAUUGGUUACGGUUUGGUGAAGUACUCGAAAUACUUGAAGAUGUCGUUUACGGAGUCUCCGGCCAAAGCGGCGUUGUGCUGCGAGGAGUCGGCGGACGGGGCUCCGCCGUCGUACGCGAUGUACGAGGCGCUGAAGGACUCUUGCCAGAACAAUGCGGCGUUUUUCCAGCCAGACGACAGUGAGAACGGCCAGCGGUUGUACCAGGGGUUCAUGACGCUCAUAGAUCACAUAGACACUGUUUGGCCGCUGGUGGAUCAUGUGCGCAAGGUAGCGCCGCAGUACGAUUUCGACGCGGCAUCCCCAGGCAACGGCUACAGAAGUUUCGUCUCCGUAGUGGACUCCUGCGUAUUGCACGGCUUGAAGCUGAGUCGGCAAGUUUGCACAGGCAGGGACGCCUUGCUGUUCCGGAAAGGGUAUUUCGUGAGGGAAAUAGAAUCAUGCGGACAACUACUCGCUUCGCUCGGCACGUGCCUGCACCACGUGCACACGCUGUUGUCGUGGGCGCCGCCCGGGGACCUGUUCCCGUCCGAGGCGCGCUCGCCCGAAGAGUUGUUCUCGCAAGCGGACACCAUCAACCAGUACUGCUUCUACGGAAGGUGUCUGGGGUUCCAGUUCCUACCGUCAAUGCGCGGCAUCCUAAAAGGCAUAUCGAUCUGCAUGGCGGGCUUCUCUGAGGCGUAUUAUAGCCACGGCAACCUGAUCAGCUCGGUGUGGACGGGCGGGCAGUACCUGAUCGACCCGGAGAUGCGCGCGCGCCGGAUAGUCAACAUAUCGCAGUCGGCCAGCGUCGAAUUCUGCAAGGCCUUCUGGUUCCUGGCUGAGAGCGAAAUAAUGAAACGCGUGCCCAGCCUAAUGUCCUCAACAGUAGCCGUCAACAAAGUGAUCACCAUACCGCCUGAACCGGUAACGGUGACAACAACAGAAGGGAAGGAGCUGACCGUCCUACCGCCCACCGUGCAUCUAGGUCUGCAGAGCCUUAACGUUAGGCUUAUUAGUGUUAAUAAGAGAAUUGGUAUGAACGGCGAAGCCAGCUCAUCUCUCCCAGCCGCCGAAGGCGUUCUCUUCCACUGCCACGGCGGCGGCUUCGUGGCCCAGAGCUCCAAGUCCCACGAAAUGUACCUCAGGGAAUGGGCGGCCAAGCUGAACGUGCCUAUAUUGUCUGUGGACUAUAGUUUAGCACCUCAAGCCCCGUUCCCUAGGGCGUUGGAGGAGGUUUACUACGCUUACUGUUGGAUGCUGAAUAAUUUUAGCACUAUUGGUACUACUGGUAAAAGAAUAGUCUUCGCCGGCGAUUCAGCAGGCGCGAACCUCCUAGCAAGCUGCACGCUCAAGAUUCUAUCCAGUGGUCUGAGAAGUCCGGAAGGACUGUUCCUGGCGUACGCUCCAUUAUUAGUGAGCUUCACACCGAGUCCCGCGCGACUGUUGUGUCUGAUGGACCCACUACUGCCUUUUGGGUUCAUGAUGAGGUGCCUUAAAGCGUACGCGUGUCCAAAUCCCAGCAGUGGCAAUACGGGUUGCAACCACAAAAACUGCAACUGUACAAAACCUGGUCACACAACCUCUAACGCCACCACGCCUCUAGACAGCAACGGUUUUCUUAAAGUCAGCCCUUCACAAGAAGGAAUAAGCGAAGGUCCAUCAUCAUUCGAGGAGGUGUCACCGUCGGACCUGGCGGAGCUUCAGGCGCAUAAGUCUGGCAGCGAGCGGCGGCAGUCUUCCGACACCACCAUUAGCGCCGCCUCGUUACAAAGCGAGCACACCGCUACUGGUUUCUCGCCGCCCGAAGACAAGUCGCAACAAGUUGUGUCGGACUUUUUAGAGCGCUACGUGUUGGAUAGCGACACGGACUCCGAGGGCCGCCGCAUACCCGUCAUCAAGCCCAACGUUGGCCAGGAAGAGAACAGUCAUAGAGAAGCCGAAUCGGAAAACUCUAGCACACUGGUUGGUGAACUGCCACAGGAAGACCAAGACCGGGAGAACAAGAAAAGGAUAAAGACGCGGAUCAGCGAAGCUGCAACGGGUAUAAUGGGUGCCAUGUCGUCUCGGCUAGCGUACAUCACAGGCUCUAACAACAUCUCCAGGACAACACAGGAAGAGUUAGCAGUGCGUUCGAACCUAGACGCCCUAAUCGCCCGCAGUCCUUCCGACGAGUUCAUAUUCUCUGUGCCUCGUGACCCUCUCCUGUCUCCGUACUGGGCCGACGACAAGUUGCUCAGCAGGUUCCCGCCCUGCAGGAUAUUGACGGUGCAUUUGGACCCGUGUCUGGACGACUGUGUGAUGUUCGCCAAGAAGCUGAAGCGGCUCGGCAACGUGGUCGGCAUCGACGUGCUCGAGGGGUUGCCACAUGGCUUCCUUAACUUUGCUUUAAUGGCCAAAGAAGCGAACGAGGGUUCCAAGCUCUGCGUGGAACGGAUAAAGCAACUGUUAGACGUGGAGAGCGCGCCGCCCGACCGCCGCUGAUGACGCUGCUGCGGCACCUGCCUCGACACGGUGUAGUGCCAGCUUAAAACAUCAUUUACUACAAGUAGAUGGAUUUAAAGACGAGAUUACCACACAUUGGUGCUCGCAUACUAAUUUAAUUGAAAGACGCGAGCGCUUAUUUAAAGUUGCGUCCACUUUUUACGAGCUGUUUCCGGUUUGUAACUUGUACUCUAUAUAGGUAAAAUUGAGUCCUGUACUCGUGUAAAUAAAUAAAUAAAUGUCGGAUGCAAUGCAAUCGAAUGUUUAAAAAACUAAAUGCCGAAAUAUCAUGACAUAGAUAUUUCAGUGCUAUUUUGAAAAGUACUAAAAAAGCGCUGGUGGCCUAGCGGUAAGAGCGUGCGACUUUCAAUCCGGAGGUCGCGGAUACAAACCCUGGCUCGUACCAGUUUUUCGGAACUUAUGUACGAAAUAUCAUUUGAUAUUUACCAGUUGUUUAUCGGUGUAGGAAAACACCGUGAGGAAACCGGACUAAUCCCAAUAAAGCCUAGUUUCCCCUCUGGGUUGGAAGGUCAGGUGGCAGUCGCUUUCGUAAAAACGUGUCUACGUCAAUUCUUGGGAUUAGUUGUCAAGCGGACCCCAGCCCAGGCUCCCAUGAGACGUCGGAAAUGUCGGGAUAACGCGAGGAAGAAGUAUUUUGGAAAGUACUGGUGCUUUAGCCUUGUCAUAGACAAGGAUAUAAAGAGACGUGCAAAGUAGAGCAAUACAUUGUAAGCCUAGUUUUGGCGGCUGAACUGUAUGGCGCUGCAUAUCAUCGUGUAUUUUGCGGUAUACGUUUGACAAUGAAGUAAGUAAUAGCAAAAGCGAAAUUACUUUACUUGGUACAUCUUAUUCCUUUGCCUAUGGCGUUGCAGAAUGGCAUACUCGGAAUUGUUAUUAUUGAUCAAUUUGUAAAUUGAAUGGUCGUGUUCCGAACAGAUGUAGUACUAAUAUUUACACUUGUUUUAUUAAAUAAUGCGUAAAAAAAGGAAUUAUAGUCGAAACUGUACCUUCUUAUCUUACGUAUUUAUAAUAAGGUUUACGAUUGGUAAACUUACUGUGUUGAAUAAAUGGUACUUUGAGCGACAUGUAAAUUAAAUCGUGCCUGUUGGAUGUAUUUCUAUAAAUUAUAUAAAUUGCACAUCAAAAUCAUGCCAAAUGACCCUUACUUUUGAACCUUUUUAUCGACGUCAGUUAAAUUUUUUGUCAGUCGCCCAUCGAAACUAUAUUGUUUGUAAAUAUAUUGUUGUUAAAACACUCGCUUAACCCUUUGUAAAGCAAAAUUGAACCCUAUCACUUUGAAAUAAAGUUCAAAAUCAGGUGGGAAAUAUAUUCCCUCUGCCUUAUAAAGGCUUAAAGUUUGUUUAUUGCAUUUCCACACAUUCAAAGUGCUUUAAAAUAUGUGUAAAAUAAUUAAAUCACAACUAAUUGUAAGUAUUCGUCUAUAACUGUUGGGUGAAUUUGUAAAUAUCAAUUGUAAAAUACUUUUUAUCAAACCCUGCACAGUAUUAAGGCUCAUUUAGACAGUGCAAGAACAUUGUGGUAUUUAAUCGAACGGUUAAAUAGAUUGUCCCCACGAAUUUAAAUAGAAAUUUUACGCUUAUCACCGAGCAAGCCAGGUUAUAGUAAACUAGAGAAAACAGUCCGACUGUGGCUCAGGAUGGAAUUCCAUCUGUCCAAUAUCUUAUUGUAUUUGCGUCUCACAUUUUGCUUAAUGACAGAGUGAGACGCAAUGCAAAUUGGACAGAUGCAAUACCACCCUCACUCGCACUAGUUACAACAAGGGCCUGACACUCUUUGAUAGAGAAAGUCUUAUUGCGAUUCCUAUAAGAGGAAAGAGAAAAUAGUGCCAUGCUUUGUCUUUAUCGCCGACCGGGCAUUUUUUCAUGGUCGGGUUAUAGCAUCAAAACAAGGUGGCGAUGGCGAAAUACCGAAAUUUAUAAGAGUGAAAGAGAAAAAGGAUUAUGCUGCCAUAUAUGAAACUGUCAAUACAUGAAUAUGUCUUUAACUACUUUAACUCUUUAACUACUAUGUCUAUGAUUUAAGGUUAUGUUGGCAUUAUUGUCUAAUGACGUUACACUUUUUGGCCGUAGGUAUUUCGGAAUGCAAACAUAACUCGCAUGCAAGUUCUCGCAUUGGCUAUCGGAGCCUUUAAGCGAGGUUUAGACUAGCAAGAAUUUGCAUGCAAUUUACGUAACAUUGCUGACUACUAAGGUAAACUGCAUUCAAAAGUUUGAUCAGAUACCGCAAUGUAAUGAAAAUUGCAUGCAAGUUCUUGCUAGUCUAAACCUCGCUUUAGAUUUAACUAAGCAGUGAUUUUAAACGCCUUAAGGAUUUGGCAACUCUUUUACAAUGAAUAUUCUAAUCUGUUUUCUUUUAAUAUUUUGUCAAAUGUAAUAUUUAAGUCUCCGGUACUGUGUUAGAAGAUACAUGUAAUGUCGUGAUGUUAUUAACCUUUUCACUGCACAUGAUGCGAUAUAGCGUCAAUGCGCUAUGCCGGGUCUUCUCCAUAUGCGGUUUUGUAACGGGUUAUCUUCAAAUAUGUAGGAUUUCUCAAGGGACUAUAUCUAUAAUGUAGUUUCAUUGUUUUCCGAAAUGCCGAAUCAUAUUCGAAUACUUUAACCUUUCAAGCCCUAUGGCGUAGCGACCCGAAUCAUUGUGCAUUGCAGUGAAAAAUGUUUUUAAAACUUAUCGUCUGAAGUUUUAUUGGAUUGUUACAAUAUUUUGUAAGUGUAUGUACCUUUUCGUUUCUAUGGAUUCUGGAUUUGAAUAUGUAUGUGUAGUUGGUAAAGUAAACGUAAACCUUGAAAUGCUCAAUAUUUUUGAUAGUUUUCUCGAACAAAAUUAAGAUGAAACAAACAAUUUCAAUGAUGAAACUGAUGUAAGAAAUAUAACUGAACAAAUAUGGUGCUUAUACUGUUUAACCCUUUAAUGCAUAUAUUUGUCCUAAAGAUAUGUUUAAAGCUUGCCAAAUGCA